AUGAUUCUCCCCACAAAAGCAUCUGCAAAGCACCCCUCCUGUUUUUACUCUCCAAAUCCACCAGGAAAAUCAAUUAAGAACCUAAUAAAGAACCUGCCUGAGCAGAAAGAGUUGAGUGCACUAGCAGAGCUGAAAGGAGAUUACGACGACCUGGUGGAGUCAGAACAGUUUGGCAUUGUGAACUUCAACACCUCACUGAAAGCAAAGUUUUGA